AUGCCUGUAAAGCGAAAUGCCGGGUUCGCGGAGUCAGGGAAUGACAGGAAUAACGACAACCACUUCGUCUACGCACCACCAGAAGACAGCUCAGAGGAAGAAACGGCGCUGUCCGAGAAGCCUGCAUCUGGUUCACAAGAAGACCUCAAGGCACGGACAAGGGAGGCUGUAAGCUCCCCAGCUAAGCGGUCGGCAACCACUGCUGCUGCGUCUCGCUCGAAACGCCAAAAGGUCACAAAUGCACCGCCGCUUGAACAACUCGAAGUUCCGGAGGCUCAACCGCCCGAUGACCUCUUCGGCUUCCCCUCCUCGAGCUCGCAGAAGAGAAGGCAUACCAAAGUCUAUGGGAAGAAGUUUGUCAAGAUAGACCCGAUCGAAGACGAGCUGGACUCGAGCGAAAAGAAGGACCAAUUCAGCGCACCGGAGAUCGUGGAAAUGCAUGUGAAAUCUAUCAAGAAAACAAAGUUCCAACUCGUCGACCAUGUGGCUGGACUUUCACCCAUGAGAAGUAAAACAAAGGCAAAGCAGAAGUUGGUCGCCCCUGGUUCGCCAGUACCGACAGCGAGGUCGACCAAGGUCCAAUUCCAAAAAUUCGACCUGCCUGACUUCCCUUCCUCCAACGAGACGGACAACACCAAUUCAUUUGACGUUUUUGAGUCACCGGCAAAGGAACGCCGUAAAAGAUCGGGGUCGACUUCGUCCCUAUCUUCGGUCGACGAACUGGCUAUCCUAGCACAUGAACACGACUUCAAAGCGGAACAAGAACCAGAUACUUCGGGAAUUUCGUGCCCAGUAUGCGAGAAGCCGGUCCAUGAUUCUGUCUCUCUCUUUGUCCCGGAUAAUCUGCGGACGUUACCGUUCCAGCAACAACAGAAGUUCUGUUCCCGGCAUCAGGUUGCCGAUGCAAAGGAGGAGUGGGAUGAAAGGGGAUAUCCAAAGAAAAUAUACUGGGAGGAGUUGGAGGACUUCCGGAUACGUGAAAAAAUACCUAGUCUGAAGAUGGUCAUCAGCCGACAAGCGCCUUGUUUCUACCUGGCCGAACUGGACGCCGAGAUCAAAGCCGCGAAGGGCAACCGUAGGAAGAUUCGGAACUAUCUUAACGAAGGUCUGAUCAACGUGGCGAAAGCAGGUUACUACGGUCCAAAAGGAGCCCGCAUUAUGACCAAUGCAGUAACCUCAGCACUCACCGAAACGCUUAAUACGGCUCUACAGUCUGACUCGGCACUUAGAGCGGCUGGUGUGGGUGCGUAUGUGAGUGCUGUGUUGGUACCUGAAUUGACUCUCCAGCUCGUCAUGGACGAUAUGAACUUGAAGACCGCCAAGGAGGGCAGAAGGGUGUUGGACGAAAGUACCGAGAUGGGAGUGCUGUUAAACCCAGAUGAUGAUCAGGUCAGGCCGAACCACGGAAAGGAUUAA